AUCAUGUUUCCAUAGUCUUUUGUCAAGCUUUGGUCUCUGUAACUGUUGUUUGGGCUUUCCUUCUUUUCUACAUUCAACAUGCUGGUGGAAGAGCUAACCUGCAUCACUUUGUUGCUGUUUCUGUAUCAUAAUGGAGCUGAAGCAAAUAAAAAAGCAAUGGCUUGUGAGGGAGAAUCUGUGCGUCUCAAAUGUGAUUUGGGAUUCAUAAAGAUCAUUAAAGCCAACUAUGGGCGAACUGAUCGCAAAACUUGUGCUAGUGGGAAACCAGCUAAGCGGGUCUCAGAUAAAAAGUGCUCCACAUCAGCGUCCCUCUCUAUAAUGUCCGCUCGGUGUGAUGGCAGAAAGAUCUGUACUGUUCCUGCAGAGAAUUCUGUUUUCACUGAUCCUUGUCCUGGGACUUCUAAAUAUCUGGAUAUAUCUUAUGAUUGUAUCCCAGCAAAAAGAAGAAUAAUCUGUGAAAAUAGUGAAAGCGUCAUUAAGUGUGGUAAAGGGGUUAUUCAAAUUCAUCAUGCCAAUUAUGGACGGCGAUGUCUUGUCCCCUGUCCUCGUAAAUUGACAACCAGAUGCGACUGUUACUCUCCUCAGACCAGCAGCCUGCGUUCCAGGUGCGACGGGAAGAAGUCUUGUCAACUAAGUGCUUCAAAUUCUGUCUUCGCUGAUCCAUGCAUGAAAGUUUCUAAAUAUCUGGAAGUGACGUACAGCUGUAAAAAUUGAAUGACCAUCCUUUUGUCUGUCUUGUUCAUGUCAACAAAUUAUGAUAAUGGAAAGCGAAAUAAAGUAGGAUCAAUCCA